UUAUGUUCCACUUUAUUAGGUACACCUAUACAAUUGUAUGCACUUCAAAUAAUGUAUUAACGUUAUGAAAAAAACGUUCUCACCUUUUCCCCUUAAUAUAUCCGCUGGAAGAAUGGUCUCCAUCUUGCGAUUCAGUGUCCAGCUGUUAUAUUAAUGUGACAUACAAGGGUUGAAUUUAGUUUACCGUUAUAAUCGGUCCUAUCAGUGUUUGUUUCUGGUUUGGCACCAUGAAGAUAAACAAGAACACUACUGGAGGGACACAAAGUUGUGUCGGUUCCUUACAAUGCAAACCACGUGCCCAGGUAUCAUGAAUGGAUGAAGUGUCCUGAUCUGCAGCAUCCGACCGCCUCAGAGCCACCGACCCUGGAACAGGAGUACGACAUGCAGUGGAGCUGGAGGGAAGAUGGUAACAGUAAGACUUCUUCUGCAGUAAAUCGAUGGGCAGAUCCCAGUAUAGAAGAGGAGCAGUGCAUGGUGGGAAAUGUCAACAUGUUCCUGACGGACCCAAUGGACCUCUCCUUGGCUGAGCUGGAGAUCAUGAUAGCCGAGUCCAGUUACAGAGGCAAGGAAGGGAAGGAAGUGACACAUGAUGAUGUGCUACAGCCACACAACACAUGGACCAGAAUAUGGGACUUGCUGCGAGGAGGACCGACAGUGUUCUGGGCCCCUGUCACUCCUACAUAUGGACAUCAACUACAAGUUGAUGAGGUUAUGAAGUUCUUCCUUGAUGCUGCAAAGACACCUGACAUCCAGUUCAUCAUCCUGGUAACGGACAGCACAGACGGCGAGAGGCUGGCCAUCUCGAAAGAAGAGCUCUAGAGGAUGUUGUCCCGUGAGGUUAUGGUUCCCAGUGAUUCCCCUACAGCUUUGGGGGGGCUAACUCAGCAUCCACACAAUUAAUUACACGG